AUGAAGCACAUAUUGCAACUGCAACAACAACAGCAGCAGAUGGGAACAAAUCAGAUGAUGACCAAUGUGAACACAAGUACCCUGGGUGGAGGGCCUGGCCGCGGAUCUCCGGUGAUGGAUUUUGGAGGUGGAAACAGCGGUGGCAAUAGUGGGAUGGAUUUUGCAGCGGCCUCGACAGGAAUUGGGUCAGCGAAGUCUGCAAGCCCCACACAGACGCACCCAGGAAUCGGAGGUGGCAAUAAUGCGGGGAACAACAGCAAUGGCGGCAUUAACUCCAACAGCAGCGGUAGCGGUAGCGGUAGCGGUAGCGGUAGCGGUAGCGGAUCUCAGGGACUUGGAAACAAUGGACCUGUAGAAAGCCGUGCAAACUCCGUGGACGCCAUGAUGGCUAACAUGACCAACAUUGAUUCGCUGGACCCCAUGGACACACUUUCUGCAGGCGCAGGAGUGGGUCCCACGGAUGGGUUAGGUAGCGGAGCAGUAUCUGGAGUAUCAAUGGGAGUUGGCGACGAUGUUGGAGGAGGUUCUGGAUUGACAGGGUCUGGGGUAACUGGGGGAGGAGAUUUGAAUUCUUCGGCGGUGUUUGGUGAUUUUGAUACUGACAUGAAUUCAACUGACUUUACAAACAUUGAUGCAUACUUGAACCCGUCCUUUUUCUAA